CUAGGCAGAAAAACAUUGACAAUGUAUUCUAUUGUAGUAAUAGGUGUAUUUCUUCUGAACGUCUUUGCUUCGGCAAAAGAUGUGACAACACCCGUUCCUUAUCAUGCAUCAGUGAGGACUGAUGAGGGUCAUAUUUGCUCAGGAGCAAUCAUCAGUGAGAAAUGGAUUGCCACGGUCGCUCAUAUCUUGACAAAACAAGAUAAAGACGCAAAUAUUCAGGUUGUCGUUGGCACAAACCAGUUAAACGGACCUGGGGAUAGUUACUCAGUCUCAAAAAUUUUUUACUACCCAAAAUAUAAUUCAAGCUUUAUUGUCAAAUUUGAUAUGGCUUUAUUAAAACUCGAUAAGGCUAUCAAGUUUGGAUCCCAGGUUAAAGCUAUAGAUCUACCCAAAUCUGACACAAAGGAAGGUGCUAAUAUGGUGGUCACUGGCUUUAAAACAGCAAGGGAUAAAUUUGUAACCAACAACUUACAAGAGAAAUAUGUUACUUCUAUAAGUAAUAAGAAAUGUAAAAGGUAUCUUGGUUUCAUUAACGAGUUUAACCUUUGUUCGGAAGAUAAGUCAGAAUCCGUCGGUGAUGCCGAAUAUUUUCAUGGCACCGGUGGUCCAUUGGUUGAGAACAACAAGCUAGUGGGCAUACUCAGUCAGUUCUUCGGAACUCUUCCAGCCCUUCAUAACAGAGUUUACAAAUACAAAGGCUGGAUUAAGAAGACUAUGUCUAAGAAUAAGUAGUGCUACAAGUGUACACAAAUGUUUGUUAAU